AUGAUUUCUGUCGAAGACGAGCCCCCGUCAACUUCCGCUCUUAAUCUUCAUAGAGACAGCACAGUCGAAUGGGAGAACAGUGGCGAGGAGGGCGUCCCAGCAAGAUGCACAACGAACGAGAGUAGUCCCCCCUUCACACACACCCAAUCCCCCACGAUUGUGGUCAUCGCGAGCACAGAGACAGAUGACAGCGCUAAAGAAGGAGAUGAUGGUGACGAAGAGGAAGAUAGGGAAAACCUGGCUCGAUUCAAGUCAUGGGGAGCACCAGCGCUCCGCAACAAGCCGCGAUCUCGCCCACGCACUAUCAUACUCUCUGGUCUACCACGCGGUGCCGAUUUCACCCUCGUUCAGUCUCUCAUCCAUGGUGGUGCGAUUGAAUGUAUGAGACUCAUAUCAUCCAACCCUCAGCGAGUCACAAUCUCGGCGCAUGUAACUUUUACCUCUGCCGAUGCCUGUGAUCGCUAUAUCAAGGAGUAUCCCAACGGUAUGGAAGUCCGUUAUCAAGGCAAGAGGUGGUCUGUUCUCGUGCACAAGAAAGAUCAUGUGGACGUGAUUUCCGGAAUGCUACAGGGAUAUCUCGAUUGCGGCGCGACACGUGUGGUUAAGGUGAGCGGGGCAGACGACGACUGGGGGAUUGUUGCCUUGAAUAGACUUGCUGAAGGAAAGACUGGAGCACGUCAAGUCGAGGCUGUGCAGGAUACAUAUCACAAUGAGACCCGUACCAUCGUUUUCCGAUUUGCCAACAUCAGCCAUGCAGUCCAGUUCAAGGGCAUUCUUAUUCGAAGUGACGAUUGGGAAGGAUGUCGUGUGGAGUUUGCAGAGGAUCCAUGCGAAAAGGCUACUGGACUUCGCAAUGAUUGA